CAAUUCACAAUUCACAAUUCUUCACUCACACCAUUCCAACCCUCAUUCUCUAUUUAUGAUCACUAUAUUAUAUCUACUUUUAUUUUAAAUUAUUUUUAUUAUAUAAUUUUUUGAAACUAUAUGUCAAUCAAAUAUAAUUGUAUGUUCCCAAAAUUUGAAGGGGGGAGAGAGAGAGAGAGAGUCUAAUGGCGGUGCAUGUUCGCAGUUUGGCCCGAAUUCCUCCGACCUUUCCCUCUGCCCAAAGUUGUCGUGGGAUUAUUGACGAUGGCUCUUUCCGCGCUGUCCCAGGUCCCAGUUCCCGUCCCUAUCAAUACUGAUACCUCCUCCCUCUCUACAUCACUGUUUAAGAACAACAAUGUGUCUUUUCACAAUAAAUUAUGGACAUCUGGCUUAUGUUUAGACUCGAAUAUUGCAAACUCACGGUUGAAGAAGCGAUUUGUGGUUUGCAUGUCAGUGCAACAAGCCAGCAAACCCAAGGUUGGAGUUUCACCUUUAAGUCUAGAAGAUGCAAAAGAGCCACCACUACACUUAUACAAGAACAAGGAACCAUACACAGCAACUAUUGUUUCUGUUGAAAGGCUUGUUGGUCCAAAAGCACCUGGAGAGACAUGUCACGUUGUGAUCGAUCAUGGUGGCAAUGUUCCCUACUGGGAAGGACAAAGUUAUGGAGUCAUCCCUCCUGGUGAGAACCCUAAAAAGCCUGGUACUCCACACAAUGUUAGGCUAUAUUCAAUAGCAUCUACCAGGUAUGGCGACUCUUUUGAUGGCAAGACAGCAAGUUUGUGUGUUCGACGUGCUGUCUAUUAUGAUCCUGAAACUGGAAAAGAAGAUCCUUCAAAAAAUGGGGUGUGCAGCAACUUCUUAUGUGAUUCAAAGCCUGGUGACAAGGUUCAGAUCACAGGUCCUUCUGGAAAGAUCAUGCUCCUUCCUGAAGAUAAUCCAAAUGCUACCCACAUUAUGAUCGCCACUGGCACUGGUGUGGCUCCUUUUAGAGGCUAUCUGCGCCGUAUGUUCAUGGAGUCUGUUCCAACAUUCAAGUUUGGUGGCCUCGCGUGGCUUUUCCUUGGGGUGGCUAAUGGCGACAGUCUUCUUUAUGAUGAAGAAUUCUCCAAGUAUCUUCGGGAGAACCCAGACAAUUUCAGGUAUGAUCGUGCUCUUAGCAGAGAACAAAAGAAUAGAAGUGGAGGCAAGAUGUAUGUCCAGGAUAAAAUCGAAGAGUACAGUGAUGAAAUUUUCAGACUUUUGGAUGGUGGGGCGCACAUAUACUUCUGUGGGCUCAAGGGAAUGAUGCCUGGCAUCCAGGACACACUGAAGAAAGUCGCCGAGCAGAGAGGAGAAAGCUGGGAUGAGAAGCUCUCUCAAUUGAAAAAGAACAAACAGUGGCAUGUUGAGGUCUACUGAAACUGCCCAACUUGAGCUGUUUGUCCUGAAGAGGUGCAGCAUUCUUCCUUUUAUGUAGCACCGCAGGUUGGUCGUUAGCAUUAUGAGGUCAAACUCCGCAUGUACUUCACAUCUAUCUCGAACCAUCUCCUGAUAAUUAUAUUCUUUUUUAUGCUUCAAAAACUGAAAUCUAAAGUAGUUGGGGUACGAAUUCCAUAAGUCGACUUGUAAUUUAGUUGCAUGAAAUUCAGAGCGAAAAACUGAACGCAGAGAGCGCAUGUUUUUUCGUAUUCAUUCAGCAAUGGGAUAAGCACAAAAUUCCCCCAUAAAA